AUGUCUACGUUGACAAUAUUAGUUGGUCGAUUUAUGCCUGUGAUAGUUUUAUCACUCGUGGGUUAUACAUACUACGUCUUUGUAUAUCGGAUAUGUGUUAAACGUUUAAUAAAUUACAAUAGAACUACACAAGCUGUGAUAUAUCUGGUAAUUUACAACAUUUUGUUUAUAAUGACUUUACUAUCAUACGUUAAAGUUUUAUUUCAAGAUCCUGGAUCACCUUCAAAACCACAGAAACGUACACCGCAACAAUCAAGUACGCAGUCGGAGAAUGAUGACACCAUCAAUGUAUCCCAACCACAACCAACAGUACAAUCAACAUUUACUAUUCAUCAUUUUAAUCCUGUAACGAAUCCAAUAAAUACAUCAAAUGCUGAUGCUUUAUUACAAAUGGAAAAUGCUUUUGUUAAAAGUAAUGCUUCCCCUGCAACGGGAAAUGUCACAACUUCCAACCUUCCAAAUCCCCCUUCAAGUGUAAUGAUACCAAUGCCAAGUACUUUUAUAAGUAAAAGGGAUGGAAGGUUAAGAUGGUGUGAUAGAUGUAAUUAUGUGAAAUCUGAUCGGUGUCAUCAUUGUUCUGAAUGCGAUACGUGUGUGUUAAAAAUGGAUCAUCAUUGUCCGUGGGUUAACGGUUGC